UUCAAUAUAAUAUUGGGGUUAAAGUAUUGAUUCUUAAUAAUGAUUUCCAAGGAAUGGUCAAACAAUGGCAAGACUUAUUUUAUGAAGAGAGAUACAGUCAAACCGAGAUGGUAAAUCCGGAUUUUGUGAAAUUAGCAGAGUCAAUGGGUGCUAAAGCUCUUAGAAUUCGUACCGAGGAAGAACUACCUAAUAAAAUAGCAGAGUUUUUAGAAUAUGAUGGACCCAUUGUAUGUGACGCAAUAAUAGAGAAACACGAACAUGUUUAUCCUAUGGUACCAGCUGGAAAAGGAUUGGGUGAUUUCAUUGUACAUCCAGAUUUAAGGAAUUAA